UUAGGGCUGUUGUUGGUAUUCAACCGAACUUCAUCUCCACACUGAGCAAUCAAUUCAUCCGAUUUCGUCGCUUGGUGCUUCUAUUUCUGUUUCCUUUCUCCGCUAUCGAUCGAUUUCAUCAAUAAAGUUACAAGCUACAGUUCCUUUCACCACUGUCUCCGGUUUCUGUUUCCUCACAGGCUGAUUAGUUGCAAUGGCCACAGUCGAUUCAUCCAAGAAAAGUGCCCGUCCUGAACUGGUUAAGUUGAAUUCAGCAUUUAAAUUGGCUGAGAAAUGGGUUAGUAACAUGACUAGAACCGAUGAUAAAGAACCAACUAGAGUUGUCUUAGAGGCCCGACCUGCUGGACUUGGCAUAGGUGCGGUGGUUCCUCGUCAACCCAAGGUUGGGUUGUCAAACGAUCCUGUUGAAAGAAAAAUCCGUGCCCAAUUAGAUGCAGGGAAGAGAAAAUAUUCCAAAAUUGAGGAGGAAUCUCACCCGACUCCAAGAGAUAACGGGGCUAGUGAUGAAGAUGACGACGAUGAACCUGAAAGCAGAACUAAAGCAUUUGCUAAGAAAAAAGCACCAAGCAUCCCAUCAGCUCAACUACCGACGAAGAAACACAAGUAACUGUUGUCUUGAUUCAAGGUUCUUCUUUAUGUUUUUAACAUUAUUAAUAUUUAAAAUGAGAUUCAUACUAUGUUUGUAUUGUAGUUAAAUCUAACUGAAUGGUGAAAUUCAAAACUAGUGUGCAUGCUGCUUGCUGCUUCAACAUUAGCAAAUAGCAACAUUCACAGUUAACCAGCCAUUUAAUAUGGUUACAUGUGCAGGGUAUCUGGUUUUAUUUAUGGCAUUUUGUUA